AUGCAGGAAAAAGUGGCUUAUUGUGGUGAAAUUUUAGCUAAGUGGGGGAAUACAAUUACAGGGGACUUUAAAGGUAGAAUAGCUCAAUCAAAAUCUACCUUGAAAAGACUCAAAAAGUUAAGAGAUGCCCACUCACGUUCUUUAUUCUCUGAGGAAAAAAAGAAGCUGGCAAAUAUUUUCCAUCAAAAGGAGGUGUAUUGGAGACAGAGAUCGAAGCAACUUUGGCUAAAAGAUGGUGACCGUAACAGCAAGUAUUUCCAAGCUUUUGCAAUAAAAAGAAGGAAUAGCAACACAAUUCAAAAACUUAAAGAUGAUCAGGGGAACUGGACUGAUUGGAAUAACGGCUUGCAUCAGGUUAUUUUUUAUUAUUACUCUAAUAUUUUCCAAGCUUCUUUGUUGGAUUGGCAUGAGAUUGUUGAUUGUAUAACACCCUUUAUUGCUCAACUUCAAAACAUUUCCUUAAUGGAACCUGUUACUAUGGAUGAAGUGAAGGGGCUUAAUGAUACUAACCUUGUCCUCAUCCCAAAGAAAAAAAAUCCAGUGGGUAUGGGAGAUCUUAGGCCAAUUUCUCUCUGUAACGUUCUUUAUAAGGUUAUCUCCAAGAUGUUGGCUAAUAGAUUAAAAGGUCUCCUCGACCAUGUUAUCUCCCCUUUCCAGAGUACUUUCAUUCCUGGGAGGGUGAUCUCGGAUAAUGUUUUGGUAUCCUUUGAAGUUUUUGACUACUUAAAAAGAAAGAUUAAAGGGAAAAAAGGAUUUAUGGUUCUUAAUUUAGACAUGAGCAAAGCGUAUGAUUGCAUUGAGUGGGCCUUUCUUGAAGCUAUGCGUUUAAAGAUGGGAUUCAAUAUUAGUUGGGUCGCUUUGAUCGUGACCAGUGUGUCUUCUGUUAAAUACAAUGUUGUUCAUGGUGGACAGAGAAUCGAGCCAAUUAUUCCCUUGUGUGGCAUAAGACAAGGGGAUCCAUUAUUUGUUCAUUCUGUGUGUUGA